UUCAUCUUUGAGCUUAUCAUGGCCACAAGCACUCUCUCCCAAGUAUAUAGAGAAAAUCCGAUCCACCUCCACCAUAUCAUUCCUUUGGAUUUCAACUCUGUCCGAACGGUUCCCGAUUCACACGUGUGGCCUAAAUCCGACGACUUCUCAUCCGAUCACCGGUUAACGAUCCCGACCAUCGAUCUUAAAGAUACCGAUGCCGCAAAACUCGUGGGGCAAGCAUGUGAGACAUGGGGUGCUUUCCAGGUUAUUAACCAUGGUAUUCCUUUGAAUCUUCUUGAAGAAAUCGAGUCGGAGACUCGACGAUUGUUUUCCCUCCCGGUCGAGACGAAGAUGAAGGCUUUACGUGAACCGGAAGGUGCCACUGGAUAUGGUCUACCUCGGAUAUCGAAGUUUUUCCCCAAGUAUAUGUGGCAUGAAGGGUUCACCAUCAUGGAUUCACCGGCAGAUCAUGCUAGGAUGCUUUGGCCUAACGACAAUGCACGUUUUUGCGAUGUAAUGGAAAGAUAUCAAAAGAAAAUGGAAGCUGAAGCCGAGAAGCUAACAAACCUCAUCCUGGGAUCGCUGGAAAUCACCGGAGAAGACCUAAACCGGGACGUUGGUUCACCAUUCGGCGCCGCCCUGCAGCUGAACUCGUACCCACCGUGCCCCAAUCCGAACCGAGCCAUGGGUCUAGCCCCACACACAGACACAUCCCUGUUGACCAUUCUACACCAAAGCGCCCUAAGUGGCCUCCAGAUCUUCAAACAAGGAGCCGGUUGGGUUUCGGUUCGCCCCAUCGCCGGUGCCCUCGUGGUGAACGUCGGCGACCUUUUGCAUAUUUUAUCGAACGCUCGGUUCAAGAGCGCGCUUCAUAGAGCUGUUCUGAACCAAGAAGGGUAUCACCGGUUAUCGGAGGCUUACUUCUAUGGAUUACCCUCGGAUUGUAGAGUGUCGCCAUUGUUAAAGCUCUUAAAUUCAGGCGAAAAACCUAGAUACCGAUCUGUGACGGUCAAAGAAUACGUGGGCAUUAAGUCUACGAAUUUCGUGGAAGCACUUUCGUUUAUUAGAAUUUAAUAUUAAUCAGGCUUGUUUUCCUUUCCCUUG